GUGCAGUUGUGUGUGACAGUUACCAUGGUGACCACAACAAACAAUGCCGAAAAACGCGAGGGUGACACUUUGCUACGGACCUCAAGAGUCAAAGGGAACCGUAGCACACAGGACCUUCCGCCUGCAAGGUCUCCAGGCCGCUCUGAAAGCGCGCGGGCACCAGUGCGUCAUGGAGGAAACGCGCGAGUGGAACAUGGUGGAGCUCGUGGUCAACGGGGAGAUCGUCUUCAGCUGCAAUAUAAAGCAGCUACAGUUUGGUGGAGACGGACAACUGGACCCCGUUUGCAAAGACGCCGUUAGUGCUGUGGAGGACGCUUACUGAAGAUAACAAAUUUAAAGAUAAAAAUACCCACAUGCAUAUUUGCUUUAUUCUUAUUUAAGCCAACCUGAGUACCCAGUCUGAGUACAAUGAAUUUGUAUUUUGUAUUUUUAGCUUUUUACUGGUUUUAAAAUCUAUUUUCAUUAUUAAUAGCAUAAUGUAUUAUUUCUUCACUUUUUUAAACUUUUUUUUUUUUGCCUUAUCAAGCAUUAACAUCAACAACCAAAUGAUCAAAAGCAUGUUAUUAAAUUUAAA